AACCUGCACUUACCAUAGGAGGAAAAGAGUCAGUUAAAUAUUCAAAUUCAGUCUCAAUCAAUCCUUCAUCCAUUCCACUGCCAAGUGAUCAUGACCCAUUUACCUCCAAUCCUGCCUACCAGCUAUAUUACGCAUUUGCAAAAAGCGUGUUAAAUAAAGUUGGUUUAUCGUCCUUGGCUGCCAUGUCCAACUUAUCAGGUCAGUCGCUAGUACAGUGGUUAGCUGCAGCUCAGCAAUCCCAGCAAGCUCAUGCUCAGUCAUCUCCCAGCGUGACCACCACAGAGUCUCUGACGGCCCAGCAGGCGAUGCUGCAUGAGCAGAUCCUGGAGAGUGAGCAGAACCUCAAUGCCCAGCACACUGUUUUGAUGCAACAACAACAAGCUGCUAUUGAUGAAACAAUAGCAAAAACGCAGAAAGAAAACAUGAAUGCUGAAGCAGCAGAAUGUCACCUGAACUUUGCGGAGCUGGAUGCAGUGUUACAGCCUAUAAUAGAUUCUUGCACUAAAGACUCGAUAUCAUCUGGAAAGGCGUGGAUAUUGCAAAGGGCAACUCAUAAGAAAGUCGACAAUCUCAUUGCUUCAUACCUUUUAUCCAAAGUUUUAGAAGAAAGGAGGACAUUUAAUCACAAACUGCACAUCAUCUAUCUAGUCAAUGACAUAUUACAUCAUUGUUACAGAGUGCAGACUGAGUGUCAAGUAAAUACUUGUGAUUUUAAUGAAAGUGAAAAUAUCAGUGCAAGGAAGAACAGUGGUGAGGAACUGAAGAAAUCAUUGGAAGGAGUUGUUGUUCCGAUGUUUUGUAACGCAGCGUCAAUGAAUGCAACAGAAGAACAAAAAGCCAAACUAAACAAGCUCUUGAACCUGUGGGAGACAAAACACCACUACUGCUCGGCUGAGACUGUAGCCAAGCUGAAGCAACCGCUGGAGUCGUGGCAGGAGUACCAAGCUGGCCUUGUCUCAAGCCAUAGCGACGUGCUACAGUCCCUUACUGCCACCACCAAGACCACCUUCCAGAACUACCAAAGUCAACACCAGGCCUUCGUCACACACGCACUGCAGCAGAUACAGAGUUUAGAACAACAGAAGCAGACGCUGGAGAGCCAGAAUCAGGUGGCGGCAGCAAUGGUCACAACAGCUCCUCUACCCUCCUCUACACCUCCUGUCCCCCUGGAGGUAGGUAGUGGAGGUUCUCAGGCGGCGGACCACCAGCUGCUCCACCAGACCCAACAGUUGAUGCAGCAGACUCAGCAGGCACAGCCGCAUUUGUUACCUCAACAGCAGAGUCAGCAGCAACUGCUACAGCUGCAGCAGCAGGCCCUCAGCCAAAUGAAUGCUGAGCAGCAGCAGAUCAUGGCUCCUUCCAAUCAUAUUCAAGCACCUGAUCACGUGAUGCCUCCUGGCUACAAUGCAGGAGAUUCACAGUCUGGGAUGACCCAAGAUGGGAUGCAGCCUUUCCCACCCCCACCUCCAGAUAUGGGUGUCCAGUUUACUCAACCACCUCCUGGCUUUUUGCCUUCAUUCCCACCCCCUGCAACUGGUAUAGAACUGCCUGACCUGUCGAGACCUCCUCCUGGGUUUCAUUUGCCACCUCCACCUCCGCUGAUGCAACCUGAAGUGAUGCCAGACGACUUGUUACCAUCUCUCCCCUACUACGAUCUCCCGGCUGGUCUCAUGGUUCCUCUUAUAAAAUUAGAAGACUGCAACUACAAAGCCCUAGAUCCAGAUUCUAUAAGACUGCCACCCCCGGCUCCUCCCAGUGAACGCUUGUUGGCAGCUGUCAAGGCUUAUUAUGCUCCUCCAGGUCACGAUCACCCUAGAGACAGCGAUGGCUGGGAGAAGCUUGGUCUUUAUGAAUAUUAUCGUGCUAAGAAUUCUGCCAAGAAAAGGAAAGAGGACGAUAUAGCUGCAGGUAUUAGAGAGAGAUCGAGGUCACCAUCUCCCAUUACGAGGCCAAGAUCACGAAGUAGAACACCUCCCACAAAGAAAAGAUAUCGCAGCCGAAGCCGAUCAAAGUCUAGAGGGAGAGAGUCCAGAAGUCCGUCGAGGCGCACCAACAACAGAAACAGUGUUGCCAGGAGAAAAUCCGGGCGGAGGGAUAGGUCUAGAUCCAGAUCGAGGUCUCGAUCUCGAACUCCACCUCCUCCCACUACUCCUAGCAACAAGGAUCGCAGCCCCACCCCACCCCCUGCGUCAUUCUUACAGCCCUACAUGAAGCCAGUAACAGAGAAGAUAGAUGAAAGCAACAAAGGACAUCAAAUGCUCCGCAAAAUGGGUUGGGGAGGGGCCGGCCUCGGAGCUAAGGAGCAGGGAAUUGAGCAACCAAUUUCAGGAGGCGAGAUUCGAGAUCGCGUAGAUCAAUACAAAGGAGUAGGGAUAAAUUUGAAUGAUCCUUAUGAGAACUUUAGAAAAAGUAAAGGGCAAGCAUUUAUCACAAGGAUGAAGGCGAGAGCUGAAGAAAGAUCGGAUAGAUAAUUGAAGGGAAUAUAAAUGUUUACCUUGCACGAAGUACGCUACGAGAUCAGAUUAUAUUAGUCAGUUAAUUUUUAAUAAACGUGUAAAGAAAGUCAA